GUUGUGAGCAGUGCAGAGAAGGAGCCACGUACUCAGGUGCAGUUAUAUCUCCCAACUUAGAAACCACUAAAAUCAUGCGGGUUCCUCACGCGUUGUCAGUGUCCGACUGCAUCGCGGCGUGUUGUGACCUCUCUGGUUGUGACUUGUCCUGGAUGUUUGAACGGCGCUGUUACAUCGUGAACUGCCAACACAAGGACAAUUGUGAACCUAAAAAAAUUGAAACUGUAAAGUCCUACCUUACCUUUGUGCUGAGGCCUUCUCAAAGGCCAGCCUCACUGCUAGGGUUUGGGCAAGUGAUCCCAAGCAUGGUCCACUCUGUGGGACUCCAGAAUGACCCAUCAGAGGAAGUGAGUAGCCUGAAGAAGCUGUCUCUGCUUGGAAAAGAUCCUGGCCUUGAGGAAAUACCUGAAUACAUUGAUGAUUAUAAAGAGUUGGAGCAGGACCCCUUUCAGGUGGGCAUCAAACACCCACAGAAGGACAGUAUGGAUUAUGCUGACUGGGGCCUGAUGGUGGCAGGUGAAAAUGGCUUCAACACUUCCAUGGGUGAUGAUGGAGAUAACCAGGAAGAUUUUGCUGAAAAGAAAGGGGAGGCUGGGAAGGUGGAAAGCCUUCUGAAUAAAAACAGCUCUGAACCGACUUCCGUCAGUGAACACUCCACAGAGAGGUCAUCCCUUCCGGAGAUUACACCACUCCCUGGGAAGACAUUUGAAAGGGAAGCAGCUGUUCCACUUCUUGCAGAACCUGAAGAUGCUUUGCAAAAAGAGGCUGCUACACCUUCCUCUUCUUCAGAUAAACCAGGUUUCUCCCCAGGCACGUCAGAGAAAACCCAGACUCCCACAGUGGCCCCAGAGAAUGCCACUGAAGGUGGGAUCAUGCUGUUUCCUACUAAUACUGCACCGCCUGAGCCCAUGCAGCAGUUCACACCACCUGCUACUGCAGCAAAAGCAGUUAAAGAACUUACUGUGUCUGCUGGAGAUAACAUACAGAUAAUGUUACCCAAAAAUGAGGUUGAACUGAAUGCCUUUGCUGUCCCACCACCAUCUACAGAAACAGCCUACACCUAUGAGUGGAGCUUAAUCAGUCACCCUGCUGACUACAGUGGGGAAAUGGAGCAGAGGCACAGCCAGACUUUGAAGCUCUCUCAUUUAUCAGUGGGACUUUAUGCCUUCAAAGUGACAGUUUCUGGUGAAAAUGCCUUUGGUGAAGGUUUUGUAAAUGUCACGGUCAAACCAGCAAUCAGAAUUAACCAGCCACCUGUUGCUGUUGCUUCACCCAAAGUACAAGAAGUUUCCUUGCCUACAACUUCUACCUUCAUUGAUGGCAGUCAAAGCAUAGAUGAUGUGAAGAUAGUGAGUUACCACUGGGAGGAAAUUAAAGGUCCCCUGCGAGAGCAGAAGGCAUCUGCUGACACACCUGUCUUGCACUUGUCUAACCUUGUUCCUGGAAACUACACCUUCAGACUCACAGUGAUUGAUUCAGAUGGAGCAGCCAACUCCACCAUUGCAUCUCUGACUGUCAACAAGCCAGUAGAUUACCCACCUAUUGCUAAUGCAGGACCGAAUCAGGCAGUCACUUUGCCCCAGAACUUCAUCACACUGAAUGGAAACCAGAGCAGUGAUGACCAUGAAAUUGUCAGCUAUGAGUGGUCCCUCAGUCCCAAAAGCAAAGGCAAGGUUGUAGCAAUGCAGGGAGUGCGGACGCCGUACCUGCAGCUGUCUGCAAUGCAGGAAGGAGAUUACACGUUCCAGCUGACUGUGACAGACUCUGCGCGGCAGCGCUCCACGGCCGAGGUCACACUCAUCGUGCAGCCUGAAAAUAACAGCCCUCCAGUAGCAGUGGCUGGCCCUGACAAAGAAUUGACCUUCCCGGUAGAAAGUACUACACUGGAUGGAAGCAAAAGCCAAGAUGACCAAGGCAUUGUCUUCUAUCACUGGGAAAAUAUCAGUGGUCCAAGCUCUGUACAGAUGGAAAACGAUGACAAGGCAAUAGCAACUGUGACUGGUCUCCAGGUCGGUACCUAUCACUUCAGGCUGACUGUGAAAGACCAGCAGGGCUUGAGCAGUGCAUCUGUGCUCUCCAUUACGGUGAAGGAAGAAAACAACAGUCCACCCCGGGCACAUGCUGGUGGGAAGCAUGUUCUAGUGCUUCCAAACAACUCUGUUACCUUGGAUGGCUCAGGGUCUGCUGAUGACCAGGGGAUUGUGUCAUAUUUGUGGAUUCGGGAUGGUCAAAGCCCAGCAGCUGGGGAUGUGAUCCAUGGCUCAGACCACGAGGCAGUACUGCAGCUAACUAAUCUUGUGGAAGGAACCUAUAUUUUCCACUUGAAAGUGACGGAUGCUAAGGGAGACUCAGAUGUUGAUUCGGCAACUGUUGAAGUGCGGCCUGAUCCCAAAAGGAGUGGUCUGGUGGAGCUGAUCCUGCAGGUUGGAGUGGGACAGCUAAGUGAGCAGCAGAAGGACACACUGGUGAGACAGUUGGCUGUACUGCUGAAUGUUUUGGAUUCAGAUAUCAAAGUUCAGAAGAUACAAGCCUACUCAGAUAUAAGCACUGCAGUUGUGUUCUACGUGCAGAACGGGCAUCCUUCCACAGUGAUCAAGGCAUCAGAUGUCUCACGGACUCUACACGUGCAGCUUUUGAAACAGAAGGCUGACUUCUUGCUUUUUAAAGUCCUGAGAGUUGACACAGCUGCCUGUCUGUUGAAAUGCUCUGGACAUGGUCACUGUGACCCCAUAACAAAGCGCUGCAUUUGCUACCAGCUGUGGAUGGAAAACCUGAUUCAUCGUUACCUAAAUGAUGGAGAGAGUAAUUGCGAGUGGAGUAUACUCUAUGUGACCGUAUCUGUUUUUAUUCUGAUUGUGGUCAUGGUAGGGCUUGCCUGGUUCUGCAUCUGCUGCUGUAAAAGCAGGAAGAGGACAAAGAUAAGAAAGAAAACAAAAUAUACCAUCCUAGAUAACAUAGACGAACAGGAGAGAAUGGAGCUACGGCCCAAAUAUGGUAUAAAACACAGAAGUACAGAACACAACUCCAGUCUGAUGGUCUCUGAGUCAGAGUUUGACAGUGAUCAGGACACUAUCUUCAGCAGAGAAAAGAUUGAAAGAGAGAAUUCUAGAACACUUAUAAAUGGAUCUGUCAGAAAUGGAGUUUCCUUCAACUACAGCUCCAAAGACAGAUAACUGAAUGAGGGUAAAAGCACAGAACACACUGUUGUGACACAUCUGAAACAUGUUGACCCACGUCUGUUUUUCCAGAACCGAAAUCUUCCUAAAAUAUCAACUAAUUGCAGAUUAAAGGGUAAAUUUUUAGCACAGGUAGGGAAAGGCAGAAGGAGAAAGAAA